AAUCCAAACGCACCUAGAUCUGAACUCUGGCACCUGGGUCCCACGGGUCAGAGUCCCAUCGGUGCUAUGCCCCGCCACGUAAUGGCCACAUGAUCCCCGGCCCUCGCCCCCCCCCCCCCCCCCCCCCCCCCCCCCGGUUGUCUCUACCUCCUCACGACGCGAGGAACCGAUCAGGUCACUGCCGGACCCGCCGGAGAUCCGCUCAGCCCGCGCUAUUCCGAUCCGAAACACCUCGUCGGAUCUCCAGGGAUCUGACAGAGGACCAGCGCGUCGGCUGCUGACCCGGCGGGGCACGCGCGCACGCCAGCCAUGGCGCGUGGUGGCGGAGGCGGGUGCUGCCCGCCGAUGGAUCUGAUGCGGUCGGAGGCGAUGCAGCUGGUGCAGGUCAUCAUACCCGCUGAGUCUGCGCACCUCACAGUCUCCUAUCUCGGCGACCUCGGCCUCCUCCAGUUCAAAGACCUUAAUGCAGAGAAGAGCCCGUUUCAACGUACAUAUGCUGCCCAGAUCAAAAGGUGUAGUGAAAUGGCUCGUAAAUUGAGGUUUUUUAAGGAGCAGAUGUCAAAAGCUGACAUAGGUCCUACACAACUAAAUGAAACUCAUCUGGAUUUUGAUGACUUGGAGAUAAAGCUUGGAGAACUGGAAGCUGAGCUAACUGAAGUCAAUGCAAACAAUGAAAAGUUACUGAGGACCUACAAUGAGCUAUUAGAGUACCAUACUGUUCUCCAAAAGGCUGGUGAUUUUUUCUAUUCAGCUCAAAGAACUGCUGCAUCACAACAAAGGGAAUUGGAGGCAAAUCAAUCUGGUCAAACUUCACUGGAGAGCCCUCUGUUGGAACAGGAGAUGUCAACUGAUCCAUCAAAACAAGUGAAGCUUGGUUCAUUGAGUGGCCUUGUUCCAAAGGAAAAGGCAAUGGCUUUCGAACGGAUCUUAUUCCGUGCCACAAGGGGUAACAUUUUCCUUAGGCAGGAGCCUGUUGAUGAGCCUGUCACUGACCCAGUUUCUGGGGAGAAGGUAACGAAGAAUGCAUUUGUUAUAUUCUACUCUGGAGAGAGGGCAAAAACCAAAAUUCUGAAGAUAUGUGAUGCCUUCAAUGCGAACCGUUACCCAUUCCCAGAAGAUGUUAGCAAACAACUUCAUGCUGUUCAGGAGGUAUCUGGAAAGAUCUCAGAGUUGAAGGCAACAAUUGACAUGGGUUUAGCUCAUCGUGACAGUAUACUAAAAAAUAUUGCUUCUGAUUUUGAACAGUGGAACCAUCUGGUGAAGAAGGAAAAAGCAAUUUAUCACACCUUGAACAUGCUGAGCGUUGAUGUUACGAAGAAAUGCCUAGUUGCUGAGGGCUGGAGUCCAGUUUUUGCAAGCAUUCAGAUUCAAGAUGCUCUUCAGCGUGCUACUGUUAAUAGCAAAUCCCAAGUUGGUUCAAUAUUUGAAGUUCUCAACACAAAAGAAUCUCCACCAACAUAUUUCCAGACAAAUAAAUUUACUUCAGCGUUCCAGGAAAUUGUUGAUGCAUAUGGUGUAGCCAAAUAUCAAGAAGCAAAUCCUGGAGUAUUCACCAUCGUGACUUUCCCUUUUCUAUUUGCCGUCAUGUUUGGUGAUUGGGGCCAUGGGAUUUGCUUGUUACUUGCAACACUUUAUCUGAUAAUACGGGAGAAGAAACUAGCUUCACAGAAACUUGGAGACAUAAUGGAGAUGAUGUUUGGUGGGCGUUAUGUAAUUAUGAUGAUGGCAGUUUUUUCAAUCUACACAGGAUUAAUAUACAAUGAAUUUUUCUCUGUUCCAUUUGGGCUUUUUGGUAAAUCUGCCUAUGCAUGCCGUGAUUCUUCUUGUAGUGAUGCUACUACUGAAGGACUAAUUAAGGUAAGAGAUGCAUACCCUUUUGGUGUGGACCCUGUUUGGCAUGGUAGCCGCAGCGAGCUGCCGUUUCUCAAUUCACUGAAGAUGAAGAUGUCCAUUCUUCUUGGAGUUGCACAAAUGAACCUUGGGAUUGUGAUCAGCUACUUCAAUGCAAAAUUUUUUAGGAACAGUCUUAAUGUGUGGUACCAGUUCAUUCCCCAGCUGAUCUUCUUGAACAGCUUAUUUGGUUACCUGUCCUUGCUUAUUAUUAUUAAGUGGUGCACGGGGUCAAAAGCAGAUCUAUACCAUGUUAUGAUCUACAUGUUCCUUAGCCCAACAGAUGAGAUUGGUGAAAACCAGUUGUUUAGUGGCCAGAAGACAGUGCAGCUUGUUCUACUUCUGCUUGCUCUGGUGUCUGUGCCUUGGAUGUUGAUUCCAAAACCUCUUCUAUUGAAGAAGCAACAUCAGCAAAGGCAUCAAGGUCACCAGUACGCAAUGCUUCAGGGCGUUGAUGAAUCAGUGGGAGCAGAGCUGGGGGAACAUCAUGAGGAAGCACAUGACCAUGAGGAGUUUGAGUUCAGCGAAGUUUUUGUUCACCAGCUGAUUCACACGAUCGAAUUUGUUCUUGGUGCAGUCUCAAACACAGCUUCGUACCUUCGCCUUUGGGCUCUGAGUCUUGCACACUCCGAGUUGUCCACUGUAUUCUACGAUAAAGUACUACUCAUGGCAUGGGGGUUUAACAAUGUCAUCAUCCUUAUUAUUGGCAUCAUCGUCUUCAUAUUUGCCACGGUUGGUGUCCUGCUUGUUAUGGAGACCCUGAGUGCAUUCCUUCACGCACUGAGGCUUCACUGGGUGGAGUUCCAGAACAAGUUCUAUGAAGGUGAUGGUUACAAGUUCGCCCCAUUCUCCUUUGCGCUGAUUCGUGAGGAAGAAGAUUGAGAUCGUCCCAUGUAGCCGAUGUACAAUCUUUGAUGGCCUUUGUUCCCGGAACAAAUCAUUUUUUCAUCUGUUGUCUCGGAUGGAUCAUAAACCUCAGUCCCCUUUGUUUAGACAUGGGACGAACAGCACCAUUUUUCCUUGUUUAGCUAUGCAGAGGAUUUUUGGGUCGGUUGGCGGCAAACAUGGGGGGUGAUAUCACCAUUGUAUGAUGCUAAUAAGUAGUUGCCGAUUGGGCGGUGUGUUGGAUAUAAAUAAGCACUGUAUUGAAGGUUAAACAUUCCGCUACGUUCGUUGUCAAUAAAGAGUGCUAUUUACGCUGCUGGCGUUAGUCA